GCCAGAGCCCACGGGCAAGCCCUGGGCACGGCUGAUGGUGUCACCGCGGUCCCUGCUCCACCGCAGGUCCCACAGGAGCCAGGACACGCAUUGACCCUUUGCCCAGGGGACCUAAAACCCCCCGGGGGGAGAAGGGGGUGAGGAGUUUCGCUCCCCACCCCGGGGUGCAGGGCCCCGGUGGGUGGCACGGCUGGAAGCAUGACAGAAGAGGUCCCAGCAGCGUCCACCAUGCCCGAGUGCAACGGGAGCGUACCCCCGGAGAAGGGCCCGCUCAUCGAUGAAAUAGCAAAUUCUGUCAGCACGGUCCCUUACGCCAACGCAGAAACCAGCCCUGAUGCCUCACCUGUGAAAGAAAAUCAGCAGGAAAAUAGGAAUUCGUUAUCGGAGGACGUAGUUCAUGGGGAUUUUGAUGGAGAGAAGCAAUGCCAAGACAAGCCAGAGGAGAACGGUGGGAGGCUGCAGCGGGGACCAGCUGAUACCCAGGACACGGGGACCGAUGGCCGGGAACCACUGGAAGGGCCGGGCAGGGAGGGGACACCGUCGGGGACACCGUCGGGCAGCGGGGAGACGGGGACGGCGGCCGGUCCCGGCGGGGACACGGCGGGGGCCCCCCCCGCCAGCGCCGCCGGGGGAGGGGAGGAGGAGGAGGAGGAGGUGGAGGAAGAGCUGGAGGAGGUGGACACGGAAGAGGAUGAAGUUCAGGUGAUCGAACUGAAGAAGGAGAAGGGCGAGGAGCCCCGUCCGGAGCCGGCGGGCAGCGGCAGGGAGCCCUCUGCCCCGGCCCCCCCCGGCCCCAACUCCCCGGCAGAGAAACCCGGGGAGCAGCCCAGCCCGGGGAAGAAAAAUGACAUCUCCAGACACAGCUAUUCCAGGUACAACACAAUUUCCUACCGGAGGAUUAGAAAAGGAAACACCAAGCAGCGAAUCGAUGAAUUUGAGUCCAUGAUGCACUUAUAGACUGAGGCGGAGAAUUGCUUAGCGAGCCCAGCCUUCACUCUGGGCUCUGUUUUUCUCUUUUGUUCCCCCCAGACACGUCUCUUCACACACCGUGAGGUCGCUGCUUUUUUUUUUUUUUUUUUAGUUUUGUUUAUGAUUUCAUAAUACACCGUGAAAAUGUAACACCUUGGCUUUGACAGCGGGCAGAGGCAUCCAUAGUGCGGGAAAAUUAAUAAUCAGAUUGCUAAAUAUAAUACCGUUUGAUUUAAAGUUUACCCUCUUUAUUUUUUCCCCAACUUUUGUAACCGCCUUCCAACAAUGGGAUGCCUGGAACCGGCCGGGGCUCCUCUGGCUGCCCGCAGAGGGGUGACCUGUGCCAUCAGCCCUGCUGGCACUGGGCUGGCAGCACCACACCUGGGUGAUGCCACACGAUGUGUGUGUAAAUAAAAGAGACGACUGUUUGCCACCGCA